UUCUACCGUCAGUUAACACGACCACACUUCUGGGAUGACGAGGUCUCUGGGGACCACAGCCUUGCCAUUCUGGCCGGCGCUCCUCUUCACCUACCUUGAGCCCAUAUCCCUCAUCAUCGGUGCUCAAGCAGCAAUAACCGCACCUUCUACGUUCGUCUCUUCUCAGCUCCAAAGCCUUGGUUCGGCGGACCCCGUCUCGCCAGCUGUGGACAUACUAGCGUAUACGCUGGGCAGUCUGUUUCUGCUUCUUGCUGGGUACGCGUUGACCUGCACCGUACUGACAAGAGAUCCAAAUGUCACAAAGUACUACUUGGUGUUCGCCGCAUGCGGGGAUGUGGGUCAUCUUGCGGCAAACUAUGUAGGUAUGGGGAGUUCCGUGUUCUGGGCAUAUAGAGAGUGGAACGAGGUGAUGUGGGGAAACAUCGCUGUCACUAUGUUCCUGUUUCUGAACCGGGUGGCGACGGUAAAUGGGGUGUUUGGCACACCGGGAUGGGUGAUUGGGGAAGGAAAAAAGCUAUGAGGAUACGGUUCCUGUGGCAGGAUUGUAUGUAAAAGGUGCAAUGGUUCGGAUGUUGGCAAAGUCGUCAGAGUUUGACCCGAGCGCAGUUCUCUUUCUAGAGUGGUACGUUGACGUCUC